UAACACCAGAAAUGUCGCUAGACGCUCUUUUGAAAAUGUGUCGCUAGAGGGGUCUGAAUGCUCGCUAAAUAUAGCGACAAAGUCGCUAAGUUGACAAUACUGCUCCAGGGACUCCAUCCCAUUUCCGGCACAAAAAAACAACAACUUCUCAAUGUCUAUCCGGAAUCCCCAAUGAGAAAUUGUAUAAAAAGGCGGGAUUUAUAACUUUGUGGCUGUGGUAACUAGUGACAACCCUACUUCUAUCUUAGAUGACAGAGAUGGCGGCAUCACUCUGUUCGUCCUCUCCCUAACCGCUCGAUUUAUGUCCCCCGCUUCUUCCCUCAGCGCUCUAAUCCUACCUAUUCCUCUAGCAGAAAACGGUGCAGCGUCUCAAACUGCCUUCGUAUCUGUGUGGUAUUUAGCUCAUGCUUAACCAUUGACUAGGUUUUAACGCAGGCGUUGUUAGCUAAUUAACUACCUUGCUUCGUUCGGUCUUCACCUACAAAUCAAGCACGCCUUUACUGUGGCCAAUCAGAAACGAUGGCAUCGUAUCGGCAAUUUUAAUCGUCUUCCAUCCACUGUCAUUUUAACCAUCCAGCAACACAGCAGCACCUUAAAAUCUGUAUAGUGUCCAGCAAAGGACAAUUUACAAUGUAAAAGUGUAUACUUUUGAAUUGUAAUUAAUGAAGUGAAAUGAUGAAUUGGCAAGUAGCUAGCUAGCUAACGUUAGAUAAGUGAAUUCAGUGCGGUCGCUCAUGAGGAGAGUUAACGUUAGCUGGGUGACAACGCCGGCAAUCUGACUGCUUUCAUGCUAGCUAGCUGUUACUGUAACUGCACAGAUUGAUAUCUUUGGAAACAUCGGUUCUAGCUAGCUAGCGUCCUUAUUUCAUGAAGCAUUUCCAUUGAAGAUGGAAAAGGAUGUUUCCAGCGUAAGCAAACAUAAUGCCACCAAGACAGAUCUGAGUUUGUUGCUGGAGUGUCUGAAGUACCAGAUGAGAUGUCCUGAUUCACAGAAACAAGCUCUUCUUACCAUCUACUCUAUCUGUCAACAGAGAGAGGAGAAUGUGAACUUCUUCAGAGAGAUUGGAGGGGUGGUGUUUGUGUACAACCUCUCCAAAUCUAGUGCUCACGCAGAGGUCAGGGAGACUGCUCUCUUCAUACUGGGAAUGCUGGCAGAGGCAAAUGUGUACUGUAAGCAGGCCUUGUGUAGGAGGGAGCUGUUCAGUGAUCUGACAGAUGGUCUGAUGCAGCAGGACAGCCCACUGACCCAGAGGAGAGUAGCUGUCUACCUGAUCUCUGUCCUCGUUGCCAACAACAGGUCUGGACAGAUUUUCGCUCAGACCACUGGCUGUCUGGACAUCCUGCUAGACUUGUUCAGGACUAGUUUCCCUCUCUCUGGCAAGGCCACAGUGAAACCUGUGAACAUCACUCAGCUGUUCCAACUCUGGACCUCUGUGUCUAGUGCUCUCUGUGGCUGUGUCAACAACCCCCAGAAUGAGGAGAGCCAGCGUAUCUGUGUGUCAGCCUUCCCCCUGGUCAAGUCCUGGCUGCAGCAGCUCUCUCAUCCCCAGGCAGAGAUGGUUCAGCCCAUCUGCUCCUUCAUAGCCAUGACGGUCGCCAACAACCAUUGUGCUCAGGAGAGUUUUUCCAUAGUUGGCGGGCUCGGAACUCUGACCCAAACUCUGAUUCGCUUUGCCUCUGAUGCCUCCCACAGCCCAUUGGCCUGUCAGCUGUCUGUCAUCAUGACCAAAACCGUGUCAGCCUGCAUCACUGACAACCCUGUGUUGGUGUCAGGUCUGGCAGGUUAUGGUUUGGUUCCCCCGCUCAUCUCCCUGCUGUCCAGCCCCAUCCUGGAUCCCCAAGGCAGGCUAAUUAUCAUACUCACCCUGGGACACUGCACCGAGGCCUCUGAGGAGCACCAGUCUCAGUUGUUACAGUGUGGAGGGCUGUCCCUCAUCAUCACUCUACUGACUGAGUCUACCAGCGAAGAGCUCAGGAAGGCUGCUGCCUUCAUACUGCAGACCUGCAAACAGGCUACUGUGUCUCUGCGUGGUGCAGUCCAGGGAAUGUCCCUGGGUCAGACUGGGGAGCUGGAGCCCCCUGUGGACAUGGAGCGGUACUGGAGGUCAGCACGAGACAUGCUGCACAGGAUCAACCAGCUGGAGAGACAACAGACUCAGGGAGCUGAGGAAGAGUGGGAGGAGGACACACCGAACCCCCCAGACCAACAGAACCCUGCAGGAUUGGGGAGGAAAGAGCUACUCUCACCCAUACCUCUCCCCCCAACACCUCACCACACCUCUUUACCAUACCAGGAGAGGAGAGGAGGAGGAGGAGAGAAGAGGUGUGAGGAGAGUUGGAGAGGAGUAGAGCGGAGGGACCAACAGAGAAGAUAUGGAAAGGGAGGAGAGAAAGGAGAGGAGAGGGCAAUGAUUGGCGAGAGAGAGACCCCUGUCCUGCCUGUCUUAGCGAGGAGGGGUAGAGAUGGAGAGAGAGUGAAGCAAGACCUGAGAGAGGAGAAUCAACCCACAAACAGAGGGCAUGACCUAACGCGUGUAAGGAGACUGGUAUUCCAAGCCAGUGAGGAGCCGCAGAAACACAGCCGCAGCAGCAGAGAGCGAGAGAAGAGGACCCGCACACACUCUCUCACACAUCAAGAGAGGGAGAGCGACAGGGCAGCAUACAGAAACACACAGGCAGAACAGGAAAGACACACCACGCUGCACGUGCACACACUUGGAAACACACAAAGAGAGAAGAAAAGGGACAGGGGCUCGGCAGCUAUGAGAAACACUUAUCCUCUCUACACGAACACACUGGCAGAGAAAGGCAAACCCACACAGACCGAGAACCGCCGAGACGAGCACCCUGGGAGGAGACGGCAGACUGUGUCAGCCGCGGGCCAUGCUGGACUUGGUACAGCUGGUGUCCCGGGGCAGCCCAGUGGUGGAGAGGAUGAGAGGUGUUCUGUAUGUCUGGGGACGGGAACACUGGUCACCUCUUCCUCCAGGCCACUAGAGGGACACUCCCAGACACACACACACAGCCAAGUGUUCAAGUGCCCAGCUCCAGGCAAGCCAGGUUUGGGCAGGCAGAAGAAACUGUUGGACGAUGAAGAUGCCCUCUCUGUGUGUUCUGAGCUGCUGGACAGUGAGAUCUGUAAAAUAAUGGAGACUCCAGCCAGCACAUAUAAACCCACCUAUAGGUGCUCAGGCUGUAGGUUGCGGUUCAGUGAGGUGACCAGCCGGUCAUUCCCUGUCCUCCAGAGGUCCUGUCCUCACAGCUGUGACCUGCACAUGGUGCUGCAGCAGGCCACACACAGCUACACAAAGUACCUCCGAGAAAUACGCAGGAGGAGAGACGCACACACGACCAAGCAGAGAGAGGGAGGGACGCAGAGCGUCUCGGAUCACUGCAGGGAUGCCAGUCUAACUCCUAUCCACAAAGGAACCCUGCUGAAGAGCUUCUCAACCCACAGAGGACAACACAGAAAUGACCACAACGAUGUGAGUCUCACCCCUCUAAAGAAGCGUAGUCCAUACGGAGAUAUCACCCUGACUCCUGUGCGUAGAGGUGGUCUGAUGAGGAGCGUCUCCUCUGUGACCAGCAGGAGGCAGGAGAGAGGAGAUGUUAGUCUCACUCCCUUGAAGAAGGCUCGUCCCUCUGAAGACAGAAGAACAGAUCAUGGGGAAGAUGGUGCCAUUGAUGAUCAGCAGGAGACUCUGUUCAUGGGAAAACCCUCUCUGACUAGGGAGAGGAGUAAAUUCAGCCGUGACGAGGAGCGUUACCUGUGUCGAGGUUUGGUCUAUCCUGGAACACCAUCGUGUGGUCCUAUCCCUUCCAGCCGGGGCGCACCAAUGUAGAUCUGGCCAAGACAUACAAACACCUGCAGGCUAAAUUCCAGGGUAUGGAUUCAACCUCUCCCUGAGAUCUGAGAAGAACACACUGAUUUGUCUAUUGUACAUCACAGUAAUAUAUUUGAAAUACUCUAAUUUAAUAUUCAGUAAUAGUUUUGAAGUACUUACAUUUAAUCCCCAGUUUGAAAUUGUUAACUUCUAUUUUGUACUACUGUGAGUAAACCACAUGAAGAUAUAUUUGAAAUGCGUUAAUUUAAUACUCAUUGAGGAUGAAUGACGGAUCUGUUCUGUAUUCCUCAACCUUGUUUUUUUACGCAGCAGUAUUGUGGUGCCUAUGUGAAGUAGUUGAAUAUUAUUUGGAAUAGAAAAAUGGAAAUGAUUCAUGUAACUCACUUGACAUUUUUCAUAAUUUUGUUCACUGUUCAUGUAUGUCUUGAGACUGAGAUGGUUGUUCACUUGUCAUCUCCUGAAGUUGUUUCUAUUGAAUUAAACAGAAGGGUGUCCUCUA